CAGAGCGAUGACCAGCAGGAGGACAUUCCGAAGCGUCAUUGCGAGCGAGAGUCAUUCACCCUAUUUCCUUCAAGUGAGAGAGUGCCCGUGCAAAGGCAGCAAACACAAGGAUGCAGUCACAACAGGAACUGAAGCGGGAGCAAGAGCUGCGGGCGGACGACGCACCACAGGAGCUGAGCCCAACCGCCGUGGUGGCAGAACACAAGGCAAUUUCGAGCGACAUUGCGACGCGUCCCGCGUGCGCUCAAGAUGUGGCUGCGUUCUGCCAGAAGGAGGCCAACAUAGUAGCGCUGCUGCGCGAGGCACCCGACAUGGUGGAGCCUCGAAAGAUAGUCGAAGCCGUGCGCAAGGUGCGCCUGUGCAUGAUCACGCAUGUCGAAGUACUAUCUACCGACUGCGUGAACACACUGUCUGCUGAUGUUGCGGGCGCAGCUCCAACGAUGGCCGCAUCCGUGCCGGCAAAAAGUGUCGCGGCACUCGACAGCGAGGGUGUGGACGACGAUUCGUCCAUGGAGAUCAACAUCUACUACUCGAGACACCAUAACGGCGCAGGGCACGCGCUACGCUCGGGUGGCGCGCUGGCUGCCAACCACGUUCAGACGGGAGGACCAUCGUCCAACCUCGCCCAGGUGCUUGCACACCCUCUCACGUGGGCAUUCGUGCUCCCAUUCUUCGCCAUCGGCAUGUAUGUGAGUAUCACCCGGAUGGCGACGUUCCUGCGCCGCCGGCGAGAGGAGCGCCGCAUCGAGAGCAAGCAGUACAUGCCUGUGAAUUGAGAGUCGUAGUUGGACAUGUGUAGUAGUAACGAAGCUCAACUGAGUAGUAUAUAUAUAAGGGAAUCGAGCGCACUGCGCCGCCAAGAAACCAAAUAACAACCGUAGAUUAAGUUUUCUCCAAC